AUGUCGAAGCGCGACUUGACAACCAUCCAGCCGCGAAUGGUCAAAAAGGGCCCCUUCUCCGUCGAGGUCCCCGGUUACGAACCCGUCGCCGGAGAGACCAUUCCCCGCCGACACCCGUCAGCCAAGGAUGGCCUCAUCCUGCGUCCUUCAGAGGAUGUAGCGACCACCUACGAUAACUUCCGCCGUUCCGCCCGCCUGUUCGGUAACAGCAAGGCCGUCGGAAGCCGCAAGUUGAUCAAGACACAUGUCGAGAACAAGAAGAUCAAGAAGAUCGUCGAUGGAGUCGAGACCGAGGUGGAUAAGCAAUGGACCUACUUCGAGCUGAGCGGAUACACCUACAAGACUUUCCUCGAGUACGAGCAGCUGUGUCUCCAGCUUGGAGCCGGUAUGCGUAAGCUCGGCCUCGAGAAGGACAACCGCAUUCACCUUUAUGGAGCCACAAGUGCACACUGGCUGGCCAUGUCGCACGGUGCUGCCUCCCAAUCGGUCACCAUUGUCACUGCCUAUGACACCCUGGGCGAGGAAGGCCUGGCGCAUUCCCUUAAGCAAACCGCCUCGGAUGCCAUCUUCCUAGACCCCGGCUUGAUCAAGUCCCUCCUGCACGUUUUGAAGGAUAUCCCAUCUAUCAAGCACAUCAUUUACAACACAGAUACCGAAGUGAAGCAGGAGGACCUGGACAAGCUGCAGAGCGACUUUGGCCACAUCUCCGUGCAGAGCAUUGAGGAGCUGCGCAAGUCUGGCGAGGAGAACCCCGUGGAACCCGUGCCGCCCAAGGCUGAGGAUCUCUGCUGUAUCAUGUACACCUCCGGCUCAACAGGUCCACCUAAGGGUGUUUCUUUGACUCACGCCAACGUCAUCGCUGCCACCGCUGGUGUCAACGCCGUCGUCGCAGAGUGUAUUGGACACACCGACUCCCUGCUUACAUAUCUCCCCCAAGCACACAUUCUGGAGUUCAUGUUUGAGAACCUGUGCCUGUUCUGGGGUGGCACCAUGGGAUACGGUAACCCCCGCACACUGUCCGAUACUUCGGUGCGGAACUGCAAGGGUGAUAUUCGCGAGUUCAAGCCCACCGUCUUGGUCGGUGUCCCGGCCGUUUGGGAGACCGUGAAGAAGGGUGUAUUGAACAACCUGAACAAGACCAGCUUCAUUGUCAAGAGUAUGUUCUGGGGUGCUUUUGCUGCCAAGAACUUCCUUUUGAACAACGGUUUCCCUGGCGCCAACUUCGGUGCUGGCGUUCUUGAUGCUAUCGUUUUCAAGAAGCUCAAGGACGCUACUGGUGGUCGCCUUCGUAUUAUGAUGAACGGAGGUGGCCCCAUUUCCAAGGAUACCCAGAAGUUCCUGUCCAUGGCCAUCGCGCCCAUGAUCGGCGGUUAUGGUUUGACCGAGACCGCCGCCAUGGGUGCGCUGAAUGACCCGUUGGCCUGGAACCCCGAGGCUCUGGGUGAGGUGCCCGCAUCGGUGGAGAUCAAGUUGGUCGAUUUCCCUGAUGCUGGAUACUUCGCCAAGAACAAGCCUCCUCAGGGUGAGAUCUUCAUCCGCGGUGGCAGUGUGACCUCUGGAUACUAUAACAACGAGGAGGAGACCAAGGCUGCCCUGACUGAGGAUGGCUGGUUCAUGACCGGUGACAUUGGUGAGUUCGACUCGCACGGUCACUUGAAAAUUAUCGACCGCAAGAAGAACUUGGUCAAGACCCAGAACGGCGAGUACAUUGCCCUUGAGAAGCUGGAGUCUGUCUACCGCUCGUGCCCGGUUGUUGGCAACAUCUGUGUCUACGCCGCCGAGGACCAGGACAAGCCCAUCGCUAUUAUCGUCCCUGUAGAGAUUGCAUUGAAGAAGAUUGCCAAUGAUAAUGGUAUUGAGGGCGACAGCCUGGAGACCCUCGUCCACAAUGAGAAGCUCCAGCGUCUUGUCCUGCAGCAAUUGCAGAGCAACGGCCGCUCUGGUGGUCUCAAGGGCAUCGAGAUCAUCAACGGUGUUGUUCUGUCCGAUGAGGAGUGGACUCCCCAGAACGGCUACAUGACUGCUGCUCAGAAGCUGCAACGCAAGAAGAUCGUUCAGAAGUACAAGUCCGAGAUCGACAAGGCCUACGGCAAGAAAUAG